UUUUGUUUUGCUAGUCCACACGUCCAUAAACAAGUGUUACACUAUCGCAUGCGCGUCAGGAUGCUACGUCACCUAUCAAAAGCUUGGAAAGCUACGUGGCCUUCCUUAGUGCCUGGCGGCUCCUCCAGCUCAGGAGACUCUUUAGGAGUUAGGACACUGCCAAACCAUCAUGGACCAGGUUAUGCAGUUCGUUGAGCCCAGUCGGCAGUUCGUCAAGGACUCGGUCAGGCUCGUGAAGAGGUGCACUAAGCCAGACAGAAAAGAAUUCCAGAAGAUUGCCAUGGCAACAGCAAUUGGGUUUGCCAUCAUGGGCUUUAUCGGCUUCUUUGUCAAGCUAAUCCACAUUCCCAUUAACAACAUCAUUGUGGGAGGCUGAACCUUUUGGAAUGUGCAAGAACUACAAUACCCAGUGACCUUAGGUAGUUCAGGGAUGGUGGUGGGAGGUGGCAAGUGAAAGGAUGUGCAUUUUAUUUCUAUAUUGUUUUUCAUACUCGGUGUGCAAUAUUUGUAAUUCGCUGUGUGAAUAAAUUAAAGACAAACUG